UCCACGCGCUCAUUGGUGCGUCUCUCCAACGUGUCACCACUUUUGCUGGAUUACCCAGCAGAUAUCUUCCCCCGCAGGACACCGGCAACAUCACUGCACAACUUUUUCCCAAGUCAGGCCACCUGCAGAGCCAAGAACGUCAUGGCGCAGUCUUCUUGCAUGCUCUUUUUCUUGCUCCUGGAGACUCUGGUGGUGAGAUCCAGCCCGCCCGGUUGCGCGUCCUGCGGCCUCCUGGGCAGGGAUGCGGAGGAGAGGCUGAUGGUGGAGAUGGCCAAGCAGCAACUUUUGGACAAGCUGCACCUGAAGGAGGCACCCAGGAUCUCGCAGACUGUGCCGCGGGUCGCGCUGCUCACUGCGUUGCGCAAACUGCAGUCGGGGCGCGUCAGCCAGGAUGGAACCUUGGAGCUGGACAACGGUGUGGCCGUCAAAGACCAAGGCUAUGAAAUCAUCAGCUUUGCAGAUAGAAAUGAAAACGAGCACGAGGACAAGACCAACCUCACCCUCACCUUCCAGUUCCUGCAAGAACAAGGCCACAGUGUCCAGGUACUGCGGUCCUCCCUUUGGGUCUAUGUCCGUUCCUCCAAACAGCCUUUCCGAGUGCCGGCCCGCGUCUUCCUGACUGCGGACGGCGGGGCAUGGCCCUCCAACCGCACCCUUGUGAUGGAGAAGAUGCUGGAGGUCCAAGAGAGCACCUGGCACACCUUCCCCAUCAGCCGCACCCUGCAGGCCUUUCUGGAUGGCGGCCAGAAGCGUCUGCGCCUGGAGGUGAUCUGCGAGGAGGACGGGAGGAAUCUUUGUGCACCGGAGAACUCCCCCGACACGCCCUACAGGCCCUUCCUUGUGGCGCAGGUGCGGCUCCGUGACGACCCCGCCAAACACUUGCUGAAGAAGCGCUCCCUGCGGUGCGGAGAAGACGUCACCAUCUGCUGCAAGAGGGACUUCUACAUUAGGUUUAAGGACAUCCAGUGGCACGACUGGAUCAUUGCGCCCGAGGGCUACCACAUGAACUACUGCUUGGGGCAGUGCCCCCAGCAUCUGUCUGGGUCGCCCGGCAUUGCCUCCUCCUUCCACGCCACCGUCCUUAGCCAGCUGAAAGUCAACGGCAUAAACACGGCGGUGUCGUCUUGUUGCGUGCCCACUGAGCGCCAGCCUCUCUCCAUGGUGUACUUCAACUCCCAGCACAGCAUCGUCAAAACAGACGUCCCGGAUAUGAUAGUGGAGUCCUGUGGAUGCACAUAAGAUGUACAAAUAAUGUAUCGUCAUUUACACACCCGUUGGGAUGAAAAUUCUUCGGAAUGCAUGCUAGCAUACAGUAUCAAUCAAUCAAUCAAUCAAUCAAUGUUUAUUUAUAUAGCCCUAAAUCACGAGUGUCUCAAAGGGCUGCACAAGCCACAUCGACAUCCUCGGUUUGGAUCGGAUCCAACAUCAGGGCAAGGAAAAACUCAACCCAAUGGGACAAUGAGAAACUUGGAGAGGACCGCAGAUGUGGAGACAAGGGUUGGAAUUGGGGGUUAAAUCACCAAAAAAUUAAAAAUUAUUCCCAAGCACAGCCACCGCUGCUGCUCACUGCUCCCCUCACCUCCCAGGGGGUGAACAAGGGUGAUGGGUCAAAUGCAGAGGACAAAUUUCGCCACACCUAGUGUGUGUGUGACAAUCAUUGGUACUUUAACUUUAACUUUAAGUUUCCUCGUCAAUAGUGAAUGACUAAUGGGUAUUAUUUGCUCAGUUCCGGGGUUUUCCAAACUGUGGGUCAAGAGCCAAAAUGGUCCAUUUAUCUGAGUAAAAGGUUGCUUGUUGUAAUACUCAGUGGCCUGGUGGUUAGAGUGUCAGCCCUGAAAUCGGUAGGUUGUGAGUUCAAACUCUGUCCGUGUCAUACUAAAGGCUAAAAAAAUGGGAGCCAUUACCAGCAUCAAGGGUGGGAAUUGGGGGUUAUAUCACCAAAAAUAAUUCCCGGGUGUGGCCACCGCUGCUGCUCACUGCUCCCCUCACCUCCCAUGGGGUGAACAAGGGGAUGGGUCAAAUGCAGAGGUUAAUUUCACCGCACCUAGUGUGUGCGUGUGUGAGUUUGACAAUCAUUGGUACUUUGACUUACAACUUAAUUAUUUUUUUCAGUUCUUAUUAUUAUUAGGGGUUUUCUUGCACAAAACAAGAACUUUUUAGGACAGGAGGAUCUUCUUCCAUGUUUCCUUCACGGCAUUUUCACACCAGCGUGGCCUGACUUUAACUUAUAAAAACUUUGGAAACAUUGUUGAUAAUGUAACGUACCCACAGCCCGAAGGAUGUGAAAUCAGCAUAUCAAUCAACCAAUCAAUUAAUCAGUCAAUAAAUCAGUAAAUCAAUCAAUUAAUCAACCAAUCAAUAAAUCAAUCAUUUAAUCAAUCAAUCAAAGUUUAUUGAAAUAGCCCUAAAUCACGAGUGUCUCAAAGGUCUGCACCAGCCACAAUGACAUCCUCGCCUCAGAUCCCACAUCAGGGCAAAGGAAAAACUCAACCCAAUGGGAUUACAAUGAGAAACCUUGGAGGGGGCCGCAGAUGUGGGGACCACCGCACUGGCGACGGGUGCAGUGGACGUCGAGUGGAUCUAGGCUUCCGCCCGAUUGUAGCUGAGAUAGGCACCAGCGACCCCAAAAGGAAUAAGCGGUAGAAAAUGGACGGAUGGAUAAUAUCCACCGUAGUAUUGACCCAAGCUGUGCUCCGAUGGCAUGUAAAGCCAAGGUCCUUAUUCGGCAGACCUGAGCAAACAUUGAGCGAUUGCAUGUGAAGGUCUACAAAGGUGGGUCAAUGGGCAGGCGGUGGCUGUCUGUUGGCAUUUUGGAGUUGUCAAAGUCUAAAGUUUACGGGGCUGAUGUAAAAUUAGACGUGUUCCAGCUAAAUGUUAAUCAUUGCGCGGCGGGACUUGACAUCAUCUCUUAUUGCUGCACGCUAGAUUCAGGUUUACGUAGGAAAACCUGCAGUAUUUAAUCCUUGUAAUGUUUACAUUAUGUUGCAGUAUUUGCAUCAUUCUUUUGCCAUUUAUUUGUCUUUGAUCUUCUUAGCCAAUGAAUAUGACUUAUCUGUUGCCUCCACAGCUGCUACUUGAAUUAUCAUCUUACUGUUCCAGUAUAUCAUCAUUACAAUGAUACCAUGUAUUUGUAUUAUUCUUUGUGUAUCUUAUUAGCACUUCUUGUCGCUGACACUGAAGUGCCAUUUCAACGGAAGCACUUUAACGCCCUGCUGGACAUUUGAGAGACAAUUUUCCUUGGUAUUUCUUUGCGCAUAUUUUCUCAGGUUCUAUAUAUGUGGUUAAAGAGGAUUAAAAAAAAAUACUGUAGGAUUCCACUGGUCUGAGGUGGUGGAAUUGAACAAAUAUCCUCGAAUUUUGUUUUUAUUUGCAUAUGAUAUUAUAUUUUUGGAGAUUCCAAAAUGUUUUAUUCCAAUAUUCUCCACAAAUUGCUGGAACUGCAGCGUUAUACCAAGAAAUAUAUUUUGAAAUACAAGA